AUGGAUAGUCCCUUCUUCACAAACCAUUGGAGUUUCCCAUCGAGAGCGAGAGAAGUCCCUGUGCAGCGGAAAGCGACUCCCUCUCGGAAGGUGGUGUCUAUCCCAGUCCACUUCGUCGGGUCGGAGCGGAACAUGUCCGACUCGGCGCUGAAGAUUCAGAAGGUGUUCCGGGGGUUCCUUGUGAGGAAGAGCAUGAGGGAGAUCGCGGCGAUAAGGAGGAAGGUCGACGAGAUAGAUAGGAAGAUGUCAGAGAAGGCCACGAAGGAGUCAAUCCGGAGUGAUCCCAAGGAGAGGCUGAGGGUGAACGAGACGCUGAUGAGUUUGCUCUUCAAGUUAGACUCGGUGAGAGGUGUGGAUUCUGGGAUUAGGGACUGCAGGAAGGCAGUUAUCAAGAGGGCGAUCGCGUUGCAGGAGUUAGUGGACGCGAUUGCGUCCGGCGAACAAAAUGUAGGUCAUGUCGGUGAAACUCUCCAGGCCGAAGCCGUGCAUCCAAACCAAGAACCUUCGAGAAUGGAAGGUGAUGAUUUGCGAGCGCAAGCUUCUGAAACUGAAUCUUCCACCGGUAAUAUGGUGGAUAAUUCCUGCAAUUUAUCGGUGGAUCGUGAAACGUUGGAGGAGGUGGAGGAUGAAGUUGAAGAUUCGGUACCUGAUUCGGUUGAUUCUGAGAAAAUCAACGACGCUGAGUCUAUCCCUGAUUCGAGGAUGGCUACCAUAGAGCCGUAUGGGACUCACAAGUUGCAAGCUCCGGAAAAGGCUUAUGAGGAGUCAGAGAAGGUGGAUUUGGGUGGUGUUGAUGCAGCAGGUAUGGAAAUGGAGGUCAACGAUGGAGAGAUAGAUUAUGAUAUGGGACCUAAUUCGGUUGAGUCUGAGAGAACGGGCGUUGCUCGACCAACGCCUGAUGUAGAGCCUGAUGAGACUCUAAAAUUGCAAGUUCUGGAGCAGGCUUGCAAGAAUUCGGAGGAGUCGGAGAACGUGGAUUUGGGUGGCGUUGAUGCAUCAGGCACCGAAAUGGAGGUGAAGGAUGGAGAGAUGGAUGAUGAUUUAGCACCUAAUUCGGUUGAGUCUGAGACAACGAACGUUUCUGAGUCAACGCCUAUUGGAGAGCCCGAUAAGACUCUAAAAUUGCAAGCUUUGGAGCAGGUUUGUGAGAAUUCGGAGAAGGUCGGAGGAGCCGAUACAGCCGGUAACGAAAUGGAGGCAAAGGGUGAAGAACUGGUUGAGGAUCAUGAAGGAGCUCCUUCUGCUAAUGAAUGUAUGGAAGAGAGCGUAGGGACGAGUCAAACUGCUUCUGGUUCUUCCACCGACCCUGAGAGUUUGGAUGAAGUGGUUGAGGAAAACUCGUCGAAGCAAGAGGAGCAAUUGAAGAUUGAUAAUAAAUACGGGAGCGUGAAAGAAGAAUGUGACGGUCCUGGAGGGAGAGUGGAGAGCAAGAGGAGCAGUGAGCUGCUGGAAAGGAUAAUGGAGGACAACGAGAGAAUGACGAGGUUGAUGGCAGAGCUCUUCGUGAGGAACGAGAUGCAGACAAGAUUAUUAAACUCGCUGUCGCAGCGGGUUGGACAGAUGGAGAGGGCUUUCAUUUGUGAAAAGUUGAGGAGAAAGAAGAAGAGGCUAGCUGCUGGGGAUGUAGAUGAUGUGCAAAAUUUGAAAGAUACAAGGAACUGUGGGAAGAGAUAA